AAAAUGGGUGUUUGGUGUAAAUCGGGGGUGUAAUGCUGCCAUAUAUCACGCUAUCUCGUAAAACCGACACUGAGGAGUCUCGGCCAACAAAUCACCAGACAAAAUUAUGAGUUCGUCGUAUUAUGUGAAUGCUCUUUUUCCCAAAUAUACGGCGGGGACAUCCGUUUUCCAGAACACAAGUGGCUUUACUGAAGCAACUUCUUGUGCCUUUGCCGCGAACUCUCAGAGAUCGAGCUAUGGAGCGAGCGCGAGCGCCUUCCCAACCCCGAUGGCCGGGUUGUACAAUGUUAACAGUGCCAUCUAUCACGGCCCUUCCAUGUACAACACGGGUUAUAACCUAAAUUCAGAUUCCUACAACCUGCGCUGCUCCGCCUUAGACCAGAACAUUCCAGUACUUUGCAGCGAUCUGAGCAAACAGGGUUGCGAAAAAUUGGACCAGACAAGCGUGCACCCUCAAGCAGAGAGCAAUUUCCGGAUUUACCCCUGGAUGAGGAAUGCAGGCCCGGACAGAAAGCGAGGUCGGCAAACCUACACCCGCUACCAGACCCUGGAACUGGAGAAAGAAUUUCACUUUAAUCGCUAUCUGACUCGCAGGCGACGGAUCGAAAUCGCCCACGCUCUGUGUCUGACUGAGAGGCAGAUCAAAAUCUGGUUCCAGAACAGGAGGAUGAAGUGGAAAAAGGAGACCAAAGCUGGCAGCUCUAGCACCACAACCGAGGAGAAACAGGAAUGAAAUAUCUAUCUGAAGCUUGAACUGUGCGAAUGUACAAAGCUGUUUCCCAACAGCUAACAAUGACAUUUAACUACCUAGCCACAGUCGUGGACUAUUAAAAAAAAUGUUGUGCGUUGGCACUCAUUAUACUACCUAUAUGUUUCAAUAGUCUUCUGAAAUAAAUAAUAAUUUUGCUUUCUCUAAUUUGGUUUUAAUAAAAAAAAAUCCAAAAUCUUGAUCGGCAUUAGUAAAACCAUAAGAAGGAAAUAGGUUCAGAAUAAGUUCUUUCAAUACUAAAGUGAAAGCAAAUGGUUGUAGAUCCUUUGCCCGGUGGUCACGUAUUUUCCCCAGCUAAUCCGAGAAUCUCUUAUUGCAAUAUUUAAAAAAAACACACAAAUGAAAGGACAAUUCUGAACCUCUGCACUCUACUUAAAUAAGGGAAUGGGAUCCCGACUCUGUGCUCCAAUAGUGGAGCGAUAGGAACAAUAUGAACCGAUUAAAAAAAAACAAACGGUAGCCAUUGUAUUAAAUUCACUUACCACUCUGUGAUAUAAGAUAUAUCUCAUGCACUGAGCUAUUUAGCAGUCUUAUUUUACCUUUAUUAAUUCGCAUCCUAAAAUAUUUUAAAACAUUUCUGCAUACCAUUCACAAAGUAAGAACGUCGUGACUUUAGAGGCUAAUUUCCAAUCCAACCAGAAACCAAGUAUUGAGCCACUCUUAUCAUGUAUUGCAAGAUCUGAUGAGUUAAAUGGUUUAUUUCUGCUCAAUUCCUCGUUUUUCUCUAGAUUGUUUAUUGUGUUACUAGUGUGUCUUUUUAUAUGUAUCGUCCCACCAGGGAUGUAAAGCAAUGGGUUGUAUUCACUUGGCAAUUAAAUGUAAACUACCUAUACCACAGUAGUGGACAUCUUGCACGUUUAUGGAAACUACCUAAAUGGAUUAAUUUAAAAAAAUUGUUUCUAGACUGAGAAUGUUCUUCUGGAGUCUUGAUUUUUCGCCCUUCUUAUAACAGUACCAUAAUAUGAGAGUACGACAGUGAAAUAUAUUCCGAUAUGUGUGUAUUUUAAUGAGGUGUGUAUGUAGUCACUUUACAACAGAAACAUAAUGAAUACUACCUAGAAGCCAGUUUACGUUUAACGCGAAUGGAAUCCUUUCGCAAUAUGCUUCAAUACUAUGCUGUACAAAGCAAAAUAGUUGUAUUAGGAGGGAGAAAUUGCAUUAUUACUUUUUGAUGGGUGUCAUUAAAAUAUAUACUUGCUAAAGAUUUCAAUAAACCUUGUAUUAUUGACUGAUGUAAUCGUGUUUCUUUAAGUGUUGUAUCAGUUGUCUUAGACAUGUGUACUGUUUAAAUUAUAUUAAAAAAAUUAAUAACCAAAUGUAAUAAUAGAAAACCCGAACUGCAUCGUCAGCUGAAUAUAUUGUGGUUCCAUAUUCGGUGUGGUAUUUGUCAAUCGAAAGUUUGCUUUGUAGUCUGUGUAUGUGUUGUUCAAUAAUAACCGAUGUUAAAGGUUUAAGGUGCAAUCUAUUUAAAUAUAUAUAUUCGUUCUUGACAUGUAUACUUUGAAUGGAAACUGUGUAAGCAAAGAAAACCCAGAAACAUUAAA